AUGAGCGAUUUGCCGUCUAGUCGCGUUUCGCCUGCUCCUGCGUUUUUGCGCUGUGGAGUGGAUUACGCAGGUCCUUUUCAAAUUAAAGCAAAUAAGGGUCGAGGCUCUAAGUCAUUCAAGGCAUAUAUAGCUCUAUUUGUUUGUUUUACGACAAGAGCUAUUCACCUAGAAUUAGUGACUGAUCUUUCAGCAGAUGCUUUUAUUGCAGCUCUUAAGAGGUUCAUUUCCCGCAGAGGCAAAAGCAGUGAUAUAUAUAGCGAUUGUGGUUCCAAUUUUGUUGGAGCAAAACGCAAACUGAUGGAAUUUGAAAGGCUUGCUAGGUCUGCAACUUAUAACCAAAAUGUUAGCAGAUAUUUGGUUGAUAAUGGCAUUAAAUGGCAUCUAAACGUUCCAGGUGCGCCACAUAUGGGUGGACUCUGGGAAGCUGGCAUAAAAUCAACAAAAUACCAUUUAAAACGAGUAGUUGGUGAGGCGAGAUUAACAUAUGAAGAAUUUGAAACAUAUCUCACACAAAUAGAAGCUUGUCUUAAUUCGCGACCUUUAACAAGUUUGUCUAAUGAUCCGAAUGACUUGUCAGCAUUAACGCCUGGUCAUUUUUCUUAUUGGUAG